GUGUUUCUGUAACCUCAAAACAUUGAAUAGGUCCGUUUAACUGUGUGUUUUAAAGUUAAGAAAUAUGUUUAAAAAGAGCUUUUGUUAAGGAAAUUUAGUUUAUAAAUCUCAUAGAAAGUAAAUGUACAUAGUAUUCUGAGCUAAUUAAAAGAAAAUUUUAGUUUUGCGUGUCUGUUCCAACGAAAUUUAAUUGAAGCAAAAUGAAAUGGACAAAGUAAUGAACUAGGAAUGCUACCAUCGACCGGUUAUUUUAAAACAAUCAAUUGCCCCUUUUUCGAGAGCGGCUCUUGUGACAGACCAUACUGUCACUUCAAACAUGCACGAAAAGAUGACUCAGCGAAUAUUCAAACGUCGUCAGCAGUGGAGGCGACUCAGGCCGUGUCGAAGGUUAACGAAGUGGAAGACACCACCGCCGCCGUCGCUGCGGUUGCUGCUCCAAACCCUGAAGUCCUGGAGAAACUAGUUACAGAAGCUGUGAAGAAGGCCCUCGCUGACCAGGAGGUCUCUGCAUAUUCGGAUAAUAUAGUGUCGAAGGUCGUGAAAGAACUAGAGCCAACUCUUGCCUCCGGAUCUCUAGUUUCUUCCUCCAGAGUUCCAGAUUCUCCUCUUCCCACUACCAUCGGAAAACACAUCGGUGUUCCAUCCUCAAUAGCAAAAUGCGUCUACAAUCCAACGCCAAUUGCAGAACUGAAAAAACGACACAUACCCAUCCCUUCUUACAUGCCGACGAGAGAGAGCAAAGUAACUUCAAAGAGAAAAACUUCACCUGACGGAGGCAAUAGCUGGCUCUCUCUAAUCCAUGGAUCCGGAAGCAGUUACUCGUCAAAUGCAGAUGCUUACAGUCCAAUCGGAAGUGGCUCGUCCGACGCGAACUCAACGCAAAGCUAUGUCCCGACUAUAAGGUCAGGUUCUUCUCCAGUGAAUUCUUAUGAGGAUAGCAAUUCUAAUGAGUACUUCCCCAAAAAAUCAAAAGAAGAAUACCAUCCGAAGGUGAAGAAAAGAAGAGAAGAGUAUGUACCUCGGAGAGUGAAGCAUCCUUUGAAAACGGUCCAGCAGUUGGAAGAGACUAUGGACGAUGAAACCGUCCUGGACGAGUUCGCAAAGAAGUUUGAAACAAUCGACAGUAUGACAACGGUUGUAAAGGGGAAUUCUGUCGUAGCUGGUAAUGAGGAAUCUCGUGAGUAUGUUGAUCUAGAACCUAAGUUUUCUGACGAAGAAUCUGUGGAUGAUAGUGUGGCUGCCUUGAAGAACGAAGUGAGAGAGUUGAAAGAGCAGGUCUCGAAAAUGAAGUGUCAGGAGGAGAAAGAGAAUAAGGAUGUUGUACAGAUUGACAAAGAGGAGGAGAAGGAGGCUCUCAGUCAUAAAAGUAGUUCCAGCAAUUCUGAAAAAAGGGAUCAUUCUUCGAGUGAUAGUUCGAAGAGUCGAUCGACCGAGAAUAAGAAGGAUAAAAGUAGGUCUGAUAAAUCGGAGGGGGACUCAAAACAUACAGACAAAAGCAAGGAUGCACAUAGGAGUAAGAGUAAGGAUAGCAAGACUAAAAGUAGCAGUGAGACUCGUAGCAAAGAUAAGCAUAGUAGCUCGAAAAGUAAGGAGCACUCGUCUUCUAGUAGGGAUAAAGAUAGGAAUAAAGAUAGGGGUAAAGAAAAGGUGAAAGACAGAGAUAAGGAAAAGGAUAAAGAGAGAGAUAAGGAAAAAGAUAAAGAGAGAGAUAAGGAAAAAGAUAAAGAGAGAGAUAAGGAAAAAGAUAAAGAUAGAGAUAAGGAAAAAGAUAAAGAGAGAGAUAAGGAAAAGGAGAAGGAGAGAGAUAAGGAAAAGGAUAGGGAUAAAGAGAAGGAGAAAGAAAAAGAUAGAAGUAAAGAUAGUAAGAAAGAGUCGAAAGAUAGCAAAAGUAAAGAAACUAAGGAUGUGAAAAGUAAGAGUAAGAAGGAUUCUCGAACUGAUAAAGAAAAGGAAAAGGAAAGUUCGAGGGAUAGUAAAAAAGAUAAGCAUAAGUCAGAUAAAUCCGACAAGCACAGAUCAAAGUCUAGUUCUUCUAGUUCGAAAACAAAUAAGCACAAGCCUCACAAAAGUGAGGAGAAGCAUCACUCUAAUCAUAAAUCCAGUAGUUCUAAUCAUAAACACAGUAGCUCCAGUAAGAAAUCAUCGAAACCAAAGGAAAUUAGAGAAAAGAGCGAGUCUAACCAUGAAUAUAGAGACUUUGGCACUGAAAUCAAUCAAAUGCAUUUCAAUUUUGAAGACGAGGAACCGAUAGAGUUAUCGGAUUCCGAUCACGAUGUGGAGGAAGAGUGCCUCAAAAUUUUUCAGGAAUAUCAAGUAUCGGACCAUACGAAAAACUCCCUGAAGAAAGAAUCCCACAAGCGGCAUAUCGAGGAAGUUGAAGAUCCUGAAGAUGUUGCUAGAAGGAAGAGGGUGGCACAUCCUUCCGCAGCUUCGUCUUCGGUGCGAAUCACCCUUCCAAAUCGAAAUAAAAACGUUGUGAAUCCCCAGCAGAAACUGUUUGAUCGCUGGAGAUCGUUGAAACAAGCAGCCGCGGAAAAAGCUGCGGAGAAGGCUGCGGAGAAGUCUGCUGAGUACGUUCCGGAAGGGGUAAAAUCAUCGACAAGCAACAUGAAUGAAAUGCUACCUCCUUCGAAAUCGUAUGAGCCGAGUUCAUCCUCGAGACACGAUUCGCAAAUUAAUGGAAAUGGCAAAAUCAGAAUAUCUCACGUUCCCUACGCUAUGUCCCUUGCCUUAGCAAAGAAAAAGGUAAUGGAGAGUGCAUCAAAGCCAGUAGACUCAAAAACGGUGGCGCAAACGGCAAAAAGUGGAUCACGAGUCGCUCACGUGCCGCAAAUGACAGCUCAGUUGAUCCGUCCGGAACCAAUGCCAGUGGCAACGAUGAAGUUUGCAACUCAGACUCGUCAAAAUUACGUGAAUUUCAUGCAUGAUAUUUGCGUGCAAAUUUACACAAAUGGGGAAGACGCUGCCCAGCGAGCUGUUCGUGAAGAAUUCGCCUGUCACGAACGCUGUAAAGCCCUCUCGGUAUAUAAAAAUUCAUGUAUGCUUGCCGUGAAUAGAUUGAGGAAAGAAGUUGACCAGGGGCCAGAAGGAUCGACGGCGUCAGGAUCUGCAAGUGGAAUGGUUUCGCACGAAGCCGUCCUUGCCGGAAAGUCAAAAGGUUCCUGGAGCGUUAUUAAAACCAAAAAGGCGGUUCAGGAUUUGCACGGAGUAUCUCUUUAUCUUCUGCUCACUAAGUGGAUUUUAACAGAGCAACAGUUGAAAGAUAACGGAUUUCCGAUGACUCAUCCUGAUGGACCGAAGGGUCGAGCAAAAGUUUACGUAACCAAUACACGGAACCAGUCAAUCUUAUCAAAAGUGCCUAAUGAAAGAUUCUGCAGUCGUUGCAAUCAGCCAUAUAUGGUAAACAAGAAUGGAAUGCCUGUUCGGAAGGAGAACUGCAUUUAUCAUUGGGGCCGUAAAUUUACAAUUAGAGGUGAAGGACGCUAUAGUUGUUGUCAACAAGACGGUUCAGCUAGUGGUUGUUGUGAUGCUACAACGCAUGUGUGGGACCAUGUUGAUUACGAAAAUCUUCGUGGUUAUGUAACUACUUUACCCAAAGAUAUUCCUCCGGAAGAACAAGGAGUAUACGCCCUCGAUUGUGAAAUGUGUUACACAACCCAAGGCUUGGAAUUAGCGAGAGUGACAGUAAUUAACGAAGACUCUCAUGUUGUAUAUGAAACAUUAGUCAAGCCUGAUAAUCCUAUUAUCGAUUGUAAUACAAGAUUUUCAGGAAUAACUGAGGAAAGUAUGGUUGAGGUUACAACUAGUCUUCGUGACGUUCAAGCCACGCUACUCACGAUGUUUUCCUCAAAAACAAUUCUGAUCGGGCAUAGUUUAGAAAGUGACUUUAAAGCAUUAAAGCUUAUACACGACACUGUCGUAGAUACCAGUGUGAUGUUUCCUCAUCGAAACGGUUAUCCACAGAAAAGAGCUCUCAGGAAUCUGUGUUCGGAAUAUCUCCGAAAAAUAAUACAAAACGACGUGGGUGGCCACGACAGCAAUGAGGACGCGGUUGCAUGUAUGGAAUUGGUAUUGUGGAAAGUGAAGGAAGAGGCGAAGCUGCUGUAAUUUAUUAUAGAUGUUUAGAAGGUAUGAUUGACAAAUUUCGAUUUGAUACGCCUGAAAAGUGAAGGCAUUGACUCAUUAUAUCAGAAAUGUCUGGUGACUGUUUCUCUUUUCCUGGAUAAAUAGUAUUAGGCUAUUCUACUGCCGAAUGUAUUAUAGCUUUGAUGUAUAAAUAUGUAAUAUAAGCAACUUACCUUCGUACAAUCGUCUUUUUGAAAAUAAACUUGAGAAAGUUGUAAUGACUGUACAUUUCGCGCAGCUCGUUGAUGAUUUUUUCCGAGUGGACUAUUCGUGUUAUACACAAAAAAAAAAAUCGAGGUCCGACAGCUGUUUUAGAACGCCUUUUUGCAAGAAGGUCCGAGAUGUAAUAUAACAUCGUUAUUUGUCCUGAUACUUCGAUUAAUAUUUUUGUACUUCGUUACCUAUUUAUAUACUUUACAAGCAUUAAAACCGCCAGAUAAGUUAAA